UUUCCCAUGAUUCUUAUGAGCUGUGCUGUCAUGGCGGACGAAGAGGAACUUUCUAUGAAAUGUCUCCAUUUAUUUGCGCCUCCUCGGUUAUCUUGCAAACCUAAGAUUAAGGAGUUUCCAUUAAGGAAAGAUAAGACCGGACUACUGUUGACAACAGGAAACGAGGUUUUAUAUUUCAUCGAAAAGGGGAAAAUUGUGAACACAUACUGUUUUCCAUCACGAAUUACCAGUUUUGAGCUUGGUAUCCACUCCUCUAAUAUACAAGUGGUGGUGGUAACUGAAGAAGGGAAGAUCUGGUCCCUUGGUGUAGCAAGACACAAGGCAAAAAGACCCAAGGAAAUUGACAUUCAUGAGGGGACCAGUAACCAAGGAAUCUUUUCUGAUCUUCUUGCUAGUUCACCACCAGUGAAAAACAAUGGUGGCAUAUCUACCUCUAUACCUGUCACAAUGAUUAGCCAAUCACAAGCUGUCAUAUAUGAGCCUCAUGCACUUAGAGCUAUCCAAAUUGAGGACAAACUGGUCAUCUGCGGGGGACAUGGUACUGAGUAUUUCUAUUCUGUGUACACAGCCCUCGAAAAUGGCCAUGACUCACAAUGCUACCAAACUCAACCCUUAAGGCGUCAAACUUUUUAUGACUCAACAUGUGUGAACAACUUAAUGGGAAAUGAUAAGCUCCUUAGUCUGGCCGUUCUUGGUAUGAAGACUGGAGACACAAGAAAGGCCGACCCCUGCUAUGUUCUUGAAAAAGGUCUGUUCACUCAAUUAUUUGGAAGAGAUGCAAUACUAACUAAUGCAAAUGUCCUGCUUGUUGGCCUCCCAAGUGGCCAGGUCAUGUACCAGAACAUACACUGCACCAUCGCUAAAGCUCCUGCCCUAUUAUUUCAUCUUGAGCAAGCAGUCGUUUCAAUACAUUGUGCAUGUCUACCUACCUCCCUUCAAGGCCUAAGGGAUGGAAACAAAGAGUCUUAUCACCAUGGAAACAAGGAAUCUACAAGCGAUCAUAGAAGCACCAGUGACAAACUGCAACCAGAGGAAUUUAAUGCAAUUGUAAUGGUUGGAAGUUGUGGUAAACUGGUUAUCUGUCAUAGGGUGGGACCUGGUGGUUCAGGUAAUGAUUUCCAGGAAUAUAAUCUGCCUGGCCCUGUCGUAUGCACUUGGUUAUAUGCUAACAUUCUGGUUCAUUCCACUGGUCAGGAUAUGUUUGUAACAAAGCUUGGACUCACACAACCAGAAGGGCCUCAUAAGUUUGUGGAAUCACUGUGUCCUGUCCAUUUGCCAAUACCCUGGAUAUCUACCUUAUGCUGUGUUCCCAGCAUCCAUGGCUCCCUUUGGUGCUAUUGCCUUACCAAUAAAGGGAAGCUGUUAGAGUUCAAUCCUCCUGAUUUAGAGAGCACACAUAACAUAAGGGUGUCACCUGUUGUGGUUGGGGAAAGACUUAAAAAAGUCCUGACUGCAAUAGAGAAGACAGUAAUUGAUGUGAAUAGGAAAAAGGAGGAAAUUACAAAAUCAGAAAGCAUUCUAAAGGAGCUUAAUACAGCCGCCACUCUUGCAUGUGAGCUCCACAACCCAGGUAGAAGGUCCCCUAUUACUUGGUCUGUGACUCUUGCUCUUAAUUCAGCAAACUGUGGCAGGCUACCACAAGUAUUCCUUCAUUGUAAAAUCACCAACAACAGCUGUCUAACAUUGACGUCCAACUGGUCUCUAUUGGUUACCAUAAAAGAGUCUGCUCUUUGGCCAAAUGUUGGACAAAAUACUACGCACAGUACCCCUCUAGGGGACUUCAAGGCCAGGUCAUCAAGAGAACUGCAGUUACCUUUUGACUCUGGUAUUGCUCCUGUAUCUAUGGUAACCAUUGAAGCAAGCAUGCACUUUAAUGUUAAACAAGUGCUGUUAGAAUCAUCAAUUUCCAGAACUGUUGGGGGUAAUGAUAGAAGUGUUUUGAUUCUCCUUGGGGUUAACAGAUUCACUCCAGAGGACUUUGCUCGGCUUUGUAAACCUAGAGAGGUAGUGAAUAAUAUGACAGCUGUACAGGAGCUUCAGCAAACACUGAAAGAACUUAGCAGAGUAGUUAAAUGAUUUUUUUAAAAUUCAGGAUCUUCCGUUCUAUUCUCAGAGAGGGUUUGCUUCCAAUUCAGAAUUCCUGUAUUUUUCGCUCAGCCGAUCAAUAAAUGUUAGACCAUACGUUAUUAAAAA